AUGCCUGUUAACACAGAUCGGACCAUUGGAGCCAAUCGACCGGACAUCAUCUUCCACGACAAGGUCAAGAAAAGAUGUCUAUUGAUUGACGUGGCAGUGCCAAAUGAUGCGAAUGUAUCGUCCAAUGAAGCAGAAAAGAUCAGCAAAUACAAGGACAUGCGCAUGUGGCACACAAAGACCCGCGCGAUACCGGUCGUAGUCGGAGCAUUGGGAACCGCCCGACUUGGUCUCCAGAAAUACCUCGAUGACAUACCCGGAAAAGAGAGAGCGGAGCAAGUGCAGAAGAUCGCACUGCUUGAUACGGCCCAUAUCCUGAGGAAAUUCUUGAGCACCUAA